AGCUCUAUAAAAGAAUUUCAUGAUUACACUGCAAUAUCAGAUUUUCGGCUAUUGAAUAGAAGAUUAUUAGAGCAUUGUCUUGAUCCAAAUCCAUAUAUUAGAAUCAAAAUUGAUUCAGUUGCAGAGUCUGGACUUUCGAAUGAUCAAUAUGUAACAGUUACUGUUAGUGGGGUUUUAGUCCCUACAGAUUCUGAUUGGGUUGCCAUGAUCUCACCUUCUAACACCAGUAUCACAGAUUGUAUUCUGGAUGAUGCCAUGUACCUUCAGACUGGAGAUCUAAGUAGCCUCCCUCUUCUUUGCCAUUAUCCUGUCAAGGCUCAAUACUUGCACAAUGAUCCACAUUUUCUUAGUUGCAAUAAGACCAAAUGCGAGGAAAGCAUUAAUGGCUUCUGUGUAGUAAGAACAUGCAGUGGUUCAUUGACAUUUCAUGUCAUUAACAUCAGAACUGAUAUAGAGUUUGUGUUCUUCACUGGGGGAUUCGAUACACCUUGCAUUUUAAGAAGAACACACCCAGUGAAAUUUUCUAAUCCAAAUGCUCCUUUGUAUGGUCAUCUCUCAAGUGUGGAUUCUACUGGAGAAUCGAUGAGAUUAACAUGGGUGAGCGGAGAUCAUAACCCUCAACAAGUUCAAUUUGGGAAUGGAUACUCCCAAACAUCAGAAGUUACCACCUUUACACAAAAUGAUAUGUGCAGUAGCGUGCUACCAAGCCCGGCCAAAGAUUUUGGAUGGCAUGACCCUGGCUAUAUUCAUACUGCACUCAUGACAGGACUUCAACCUUCAAAAUGUUACUCCUAUAGAUAUGGAAGUAAUUCAGUUGGUUGGAGUGAUCAUAUUCAAUUUUGGACACCACCUGCAGGGGGAUCAUCUGAGCUCAAAUUUAUUGCAUUUGGGGACUUGGGGAAGGCUCCUCAUGAUGCCUCUGUUGAGCACUACAUUCAGCCAGGAGCAAUAUCAGUGACGGAAGCCAUAGCCAAAGAAGUUGCAACAGGCAACGUCGACUCCAUUUUCCACAUUGGGGAUAUCAGCUAUGCGACAGGCUUUUUAGUGGAAUGGGAUUUCUUCCUUCACCAAAUAGUACCUCUGGCAUCUCAUGUUACCUACAUGACUGCAAUUGGUAACCAUGAGAAAGAUUAUGUCGACUCAGGAUCAGUCUACAUAACUCCAGACUCAGGAGGCGAAUGUGGAGUUGCUUAUGAAACCUAUUUCCCUAUGCCUACUAUUGCUAAGGACAAGCCAUGGUACUCCAUAGAACAAGGGCCUGUUCAUUUCACUGUGAUGUCUACUGAGCAUGAUUGGAACCCAAACUCAGAACAGUACAAAUGGAUGGAAAUGGAUAUGGGUUCGGUUGAUCGAUCAAGAACUCCUUGGCUAGUUUUUCAUGGGCAUAGACCAAUGUAUUCUUCCAUAUCAGGAAUACUUCCAAGUGUAGAUAAAAAUUUUGUCACAGCUGUGGAACCUUUACUAAUGGACUAUAAGGUGGAUCUAGCUCUCUGGGGCCAUGUCCAUAACUAUGAAAGAAUGUGUGCCGUUUAUCAAAGAGAAUGCAAGGUCAUGCCUACAAAGGAUGCAAAUGGGACCGACACAUAUAAUAAUACAAAUUAUAGUGCUCCGGUUCAUGCAGUUAUUGGAAUGGCAGGAUUUACACUAGACCAGUUCCCUAGCAAUGCUAGCGAUGCUAGUUGGAGCUUAGUUAGGAUUGCUGAAUUUGGAUAUGUAAGAUUUCACGCAACAGUGGGAGAGUUAAGAGCUGAGUUUGUGAAUGCAAGCACCAUGAUGGUUGAGGAUCGCUUCCGCUUCAUCAAAAGUUAAGACUUGGAUUUCUGUGUAUGUGAGUUUUCAUUAAUGUGACAUAGAGCAUUUCGUUCGAGACCAUCGUGGCUAGUAGGGGUUGUACAUGUGGAGUGGCAACUGAUAAUUUCAAGUUGAUCUGCCUGAAAUUGUUCCUAGGAUUUGUAUU